AUGAAUUCGCGCGUGCGGCGUUUCUAUCAUUAUUCAUCUCCAAUAGAUCACCAGGUUACUUCGAAAAUGGAACUCAUCAACCAUCUUGGAUUAUUUCCUUUGGCGCCCAAUAGAAACCGCGAUUAUGUGAGAGGAAUCUUCCUGUUGUUAUUCCUCCUAGUCUAUCUUACCGCGUACCAUGUUCUAGCGCUGUUUACAGCCAUAGCAAACGUUGUGAUGCCCCAGAUCACACUGGAUUGCAAACAAUCCACAAUCACGGGGUUCUGGAACAUCUGUAUCUAUAUUCUUGUGUGUGAUGUUUAUUGUUCUUGUCUUUGCAUUUCCGCUCAGGGCUAA